ACCUCCAUACACAACGGUGUUCCAGCACCACAAACUGCAGGGCCGCGACGCCAGCUCGGCUACAAACAUGCGGCACGCGCUGAUGGAGAUGCUGCUUGGCAAACCGCGGCCUGCAGCCCUGCGACCUGCUGGCGGCGGUGGCGGCGGUGCAGGGCCUGGAGACGGCGUUGGCGGCGGCGGUGGCACCGCGCCUACCGGCGGCAACAGCAGCGGCCACGGCGUUGGGCCCGGUGGUGGCGGCGGCACGGGCGGCCCUGGGCCCAGCGGCAGUGGCGGCGCGCAUACAUGUUUGGAGCAGAGGGGGCGGGCAAGGCCACGUGGAGGAGGACAGCGCGGCGCCGCCUUCAAAGCGGCGCCGGCGCGCAGGUUGAGACCUGCCGGUGUUGUCUGAUUAGCGACCUGUGCUGACGAGCAUGGCGUAGCGGGCAGUCGGCUGCAGCGGCAGGGGUGUUGAGAGUUUUUCCUUGCUGUCUGGUUGGCCUGCUGCCUGCUGCGCUACUGCUUGAUAGCUGGGCGCGACUGGGCAUAUAUGGCGGGCGGUGCCUGCACAAACCGACCCCAACUAUGUCCGGGAGAUGAGGCUAGUAUCGGAACCUUCGGCCUCAGACGGAGGACGUGGCGUGGGCUCAGCCCACUUUUCCCUUGCGAGGGAUCUUGUCCUUGGGAAUGGUGAGCCGGCUGGCGGUGUCUAGGAAGCGGUCCGCGGUGGAGCUGGCAGGGCUUGCGUAGCGGCAUGACAAGUAGUGCGGCUGUUGACAACUGUGCUGCGUCUGGCUGCGGUUGGCUCUGCUGCGGCAUCGCGACUGCUAGAUAGGCACCUGGUUUGGCUAUGUGCCUGUGGAAACCGACCCCGGCUAUGUCCGGGCGAUGAGGUUGUUCGGCCUCAGACUGUGGAGGGGCUCAGCCCCUUUUCCCGUGACCGGGGAACACUUGUCCCUUGUCAUGCCUUUCGGCCUCUCCCACUCGACGCGUAGCCUUUGGACGUCAUGCUGGUCACGGUGACGCCGGGCUGUUGAUGUUUCCCAAUUCCCAGCCUGCAUUUGGAUGGCGUUGGUUUCGUGCGACCUUACAGCCGUAACCGCAGUCCCGAACGCCAUGCAGCCGAGCUACGGGCUUGGUCAACUAUUGUCCCCGAGCAGUGCGGAAGCAGGUGGAGACGUGGAGGGGCGCAAGGUGGACGCCCGGAGACGGCGCUCUACCGCAGACGUUUUGUUUCUUGGACGCUUAACGGCUUAAGACGCUGCAGGACAUGCGCUUCGCGCAACAGGGCUGGCCUGUUCCUGUGGCGCGCUGGCAGAUACCAGUGCAGUAGUCUUGCUAGUGUCCGGCGCGUGCUGCCCCUUUCCCGCUAGCCAAGACCACAACGACCAGCCCCUUUCGCUGUAUAUAUCCUAGCCUCCAUUUACCAGCCGUUUUCUGGCAUCUUGAGCACCUUGGCUCGGGAUGCCGUAGGAGAGGCGUAGUUGAACGAGUCGCGUACGGCUUGCUUGAAGCCUUGCUCUGUGUCGGGGCUGGGGUGCGACAGGGCGGCGUGGGCAGGGCCAUGUGCAGCUCGUUCGCGUGUGGGUCGUUUGCUGAUCGUCUACCACGUCGUCACCAAGGGCAACGAAGCAGUCAGCGGGACACCUGGGGCGCGCGUGGGGAAGCGUGGCAGGACGUGCCCCAUUGUUUGGUCCCGUGUCACCAGCAAUCUAGU